GCUGGGGAAGGGGGGACAGAAGGAGGAGUUGGGGGUAUAUAAGCAUGCGAUCCUCGCGGAUCCUGGGAGAAAGUAUCCCAGACCAAAGCAUUCAUUCUCUUUGCGCAUCAUCCAGUCAUUCGUUUGAUUCGUCCUUACUAUACUCUCUUUUUGUUUCGAUCGCUACUUGUGUGUUGUAUCACUGAGCCUAUAUACCGAUACUUCACUUCUGGAUAUACACUAAGCUUCCUUCAUUCCUUCACAAAUCACACACACAACCAUUCACAAUGAUCGACAAAUCCGCCAUCAUCGUCUUCGUCAUCCUGGGCUGCGUGGUCUCCGUCCUCAUCGGAUACUCCAUCCACUCUGUCGCCACGGGCGGGUUCCGCAACGACGAGCAGGAACGAGAAUUCUCCCACGAACAGCGCUCCUACAUGCGGGAGUUGCGCCUCCGCGACAUCAACUGGAUGGCACGCGACAAUGGCCUGCGAUACAACCCGGAGCCGCCCCGCGAUCUGGAGAAGCAAUGAUACAUAAUGGUUACUUAGAGCGUUUGGUGCAUUUUCGGUGUUCAGCAUUCAGGUGUUUGGUUUUUGGGUUGGGGUGCAGUGGGAGUUGUGCCGUCUGCAAGAUAUUUCCGUUUUGGGAUGAGUGUAUUAUAGUGUAUUGGGUAUAUAAUUGUGUUGGGCAAUAACUUGUUAUAU